AUGGAACACAAAGGCUCACAAACUUAUUCAUGUCUCAGGUGCCAGAACUUCGAGACGCUUGAGGAUCAGCUGCAUAGCAUUCAAAAUGACCUUUCUGAUUUGACGUCACUUGUCAGAGGCGGGAACAGCGUGAGAUCUUCAUCGCUUGCCGCCGAGGAAUGGGCGUCCGACAAUCUUGCCGGAACAGAUUCAGGACCAGUAGCCCAUACAAACUGUCACAUCGUACGAGACGCGUCACAGUCCCUCGACCGUUAUCAUGGGCCUUGCUCGCUCUAUGCCCUCUGCAAGGAAUUUCAUGACGAUCCCAUAUUUGGUGUUCCUGAUAACAACACCUUGACACAUACUGCCGAGCAUGCCAUGCUCCAAGAAAUGCUUUACGAAGCAAGCAAUGAGCCUCAUCUAGAUAUACCGUCUCAACCUACAGGCAUAUGCCUUCCACCUCGGCAGUUUCUUAAUCUCGUUAUCGGCCCAUUUUUCAAGAACACCGAUUACGCCACUGAUGUCUUCGUGCGAUCAGCUUUCCAACCUCAGAUUGAUCGCAUCUAUUCCCAGCCUAUGGUUCCUUCGGAUGAAGGCUGGGCUAUUUGCUUCAAUGUUAUAGUUCUCCUUGGUAUCAAGAGAGAGCCCACCACUCAGGGCAAUAGCCACUUCAUCCAAUCUCUUCUUCAAACGAUGAGGAUGGCCAUCAAUAACCCACGUGUCUUUUUGACACCAAGGCUUGUUAACGUGCAAGCACUUGCUCUCUUGAGUUACGUGGCUGAGCAAUACAGUACGACAUCACUUGCAGAACUGGUCUUCGCCCAAGCCUGUUUGUUGGCACGUACAAUGGGUCUCCAUCGGGGUUGCACAUCCUCCAACAACCUUCCACCAGAGGCCAUACUAGAGAGACACAAGGUCUUUCAGUCAUUAUAUACCAGAGAUAAAAAUAUUGCUAUACUUCGUGGCUCCACUUCUUGGCUGCCAGGAUAUGAAUCCGGGAUUCCAUCCUCGUUGGAAAGUCAUUCAGAAUCUCCUGGAGCAAUGGCUCGCCUAGAGCUGGCAAAACUUCAGGAUGAAAUUUACCAGAUUUUCCACGGUUCUAGUGCUCCCUCUUCGAAGUAUUCGAGAAAUCAAGCAUUGGGUCAAUCACAGCAAAAGCUUGAACAGUGGGCGUCAACGUACAACAUCAUGCAGACACCAUUCACCUCAACGGAAUCAUUUGCGCUCAUGCUAUCGUUUCUAGCUACAAGAAUUUGCUUGCUUAAAGGAUAUGAUGGUACAAAGGGCAUUCAUAUCUUCAGAGAUGCCAAGGCUUGUUGCCUUGUCUUUCUGUCGGCCACAGCAGCGAAGAAUGACCGUCAUCUUUCUGAAGCUUUGAAUGAGACCCUAGGUUAUCAGAAUAAACGCGAAAAGACCAGCACAAAGAAGGCCAAAAGGAGUCCUCAGGUUGAAGGUGCACUGCCCGAACAUGACGAGAACAGGGUUUCAGUACUCCCUCGUCUUGCUGCAACUUUCCCGCUAGCAGCAGCAUUCAUCAUAGGAAAGACGGUCAUACAACAGCCAAUGACAGACGAGAAUGACACCCCCAGUCAGCCAGAAGAGGAAAUUUCACUGUUGGAAGCACUUCGCGAUCAGUUCGCAUCAGUCGCCGAUCAAGCCCAUGUUGAUAAUCUUGCUUUGAAUUUUAGCAAGAUGCUGGGUCUGUUAGUUCGAAUAGUUCGUCAGAGGCAGUCACCAGGGCAAAGCAGUACACCGUCUAUUGCCUAUAAUGAUUUACCAAAUCUGCAUUCUGCCAGAUCUUCCAGCUCCCUCCACGGUAGUGCUGUAAGUUCCUUCAGAGACACGCCCCCAUGCCCCGAGAAUCAUUCAACAGUCAGCUCGAUUAGUGAGGUUGUGCCGCAUUCUUCCCUUCUCUUACCGUUCACUCAACCACUGGAAUCUCCGACUGGGGGUUCUCCAUGGUUUGCAAACGCUGGCCACGGUAUAAGCGUGAACCAUGCCCCAGUACAUGCAGCGUGGCCUGGCCAAAGCAAGCGACAGUCCGAAGAGGCGGAACUGCCGGUCAAGAGACCGCGAAUCGCUUGUCACGACGAUUUCUUAGACAUUGGCGCAGGAUAUGCCGAUCACGGCUCGCGGCCUGAUGAUGACGUUUUAUUUACAUUCGAUUUUCUCAACACAGGAAAUGAUAUCUCGGCUUUUGGGAUGGAUGAAUAA